GUUCCACGCCUUCUCAUCAUCCUGAACACCGAGCUCUGGGACUCCGGCGGAGAAUCUAAACGUAAAGCAUCACCCACGGUCGUGAACUGUAGGCUCUCCUUGCAUCCGGGAUCUUAUUCUGGCCUUGGCGGAGUUGGGGAUGGUGUCGCCUAGCAGCCGCUGCCGCUUUGGCUUGCUCGGGACAUUUGGCUGGACCCAGAGUCCGCGUGGAACCGCGAUAGGGAUCUGUCAGGGCCCACGGCGGGGUCCAGCUUGGUGGUUGCGGUAGUGAGAGACCUCCGCUGGUUGCCAGGCUUGGUCUAGAGGUGGAGCACAGUGAAAGAAUUCAAGAUGCCACCUAAUAUAAACUGGAAAGAAAUAAUGAAAGUUGACCCAGAUGACCUGCCCCGUCAAGAAGAACUGGCAGAUAAUUUAUUGAUUUCCUUAUCCAAGGUGGAAGUAAAUGAGCUAAAAAGUGAAAAGCAAGAAAAUGUGAUACACCUUUUCAGAAUUACUCAGUCACUAAUGAAGAUGAAAGCUCAAGAAGUGGAGCUGGCUUUGGAAGAAGUAGAAAAAGCUGGAGAAGAACAAGCAAAAUUUGAAAAUCAAUUAAAAACUAAAGUAAUGAAACUGGAAAAUGAACUGGAGAUGGCUCAGCAGUCUGCAGGUGGACGAGAUACUCGGUUUUUACGUAAUGAAAUUUGCCAACUUGAAAAACAAUUAGAACAAAAAGAUAGAGAAUUGGAGGACAUGGAAAAGGAGUUGGAGAAAGAGAAGAAAGUUAAUGAGCAAUUGGCUCUUCGAAAUGAGGAGGCAGAAAAUGAAAACAGCAAAUUAAGAAGAGAGAACAAACGUCUAAAGAAAAAGAAUGAACAACUUUGUCAGGAUAUUAUUGACUACCAGAAACAAAUAGAUUCACAGAAAGAAACACUUUUAUCAAGAAGAGGGGAAGACAGUGACUACCGAUCACAGUUGUCUAAAAAAAACUAUGAGCUUGUCCAAUAUCUUGAUGAAAUUCAGACUUUAACAGAAGCUAAUGAGAAAAUUGAAGUUCAGAAUCAAGAAAUGAGAAAAAAUUUAGAAGAGUCUGUACAGGAAAUGGAGAAGAUGACUGAUGAAUAUAAUAGAAUGAAAGCUAUUGUACAUCAGACAGAUAAUGUAAUAGAUCAGUUAAAAAAAGAAAACAAUCAUUAUCAACUUCAAGUGCAGGAGCUUACAGAUCUUCUGAAAUCAAAAAAUGAAGAAGAUGAUCCAAUUAUGGUAGCUGUCAAUGCAAAAGUAGAAGAAUGGAAGCUAAUUUUGUCUUCUAAAGAUGAUGAAAUUAUUGAGUAUCAGCAAAUGUUACAUAACCUAAGGGAGAAACUUAAGAAUACUCAGCUUGAUGCUGAUAAAAGUAAUGUUAUGGCUCUACAGCAGGGUAUACAGGAACGAGACAGUCAAAUUAAGAUGCUCACCGAACAAGUAGAACAAUAUACAAAAGAAAUGGAAAAGAAUACUUGCAUUAUUGAAGAUUUGAAAAAUGAGCUCCAAAGAAACAAAGGUGCGUCAACCCUUUCUCAACAGACUCAUAUGAAAAUUCAGUCAACGUUAGACAUUUUAAAAGAGAAAACUAAAGAGGCUGAGAGAACAGCUGAACUGGCUGAGGCUGACGCUAGGGAAAAGGAUAAAGAAUUAGUUGAGGCUCUGAAGAGGUUAAAAGAUUAUGAAUCGGGAGUAUAUGGUUUAGAAGAUGCUGUCGUUGAAAUAAAGAAUUGUAAAAACCAAAUUAAAAUAAGAGAUCGAGAGAUUGAAAUAUUAACAAAGGAAAUCAAUAAACUUGAAUUGAAGAUCAAUGAUUUCCUUGAUGAAAAUGAGGCACUUAGAGAGCGUGUGGGCCUUGAACCAAAGACAAUGAUUGAUUUAACUGAAUUUAGAAAUAGCAAACGCUUAAAACAGCAGCAGUACAGAGCUGAAAACCAGAUUCUUUUGAAAGAGAUUGAAAGUCUAGAGGAAGAACGACUUGAUCUGAAAAAAAAAAUUCGUCAAAUGGCUCAAGAAAGAGGAAAAAGAAGUGCAACUUCAGGAUUAACCAGUGAGGACCUGAACCUAACUGAAAACAUUUCUCAAGGAGAUAGAAUAAGUGAAAGAAAAUUGGAUUUAUUGAGCCUCAAAAAUAUGAGUGAAGCACAAUCAAAGAAUGAAAUCAUAGCACAGGAAUUCUUGAUCAAAGAAGCAGAGAGUAGAAAUGCAGAUAUAGAGCUUGAACAUCACAGAAGCCAGGCAGAACAGAAUGAAUUUCUUUCAAGAGAACUAAUUGAAAAAGAAAGAGAUUUAGAAAGAAGUAGGACAGUGAUAGCCAAAUUUCAGAAUAAAUUAAAAGAAUUAGUUGAAGAAAAUAAGCAACUUGAAGAAGGUAUGAAAGAAAUAUUGCAGGCAAUUAAGGAAAUGCAGAAAGAUCCUGAUGUUAAAGGAGAAGAAACAUCUCUAAUUAUCCCUAGCCUUGAAAGACUAGUUAAUGCUAUAGAAUCAAAGAAUGCAGAAGGAAUCUUUGAUGCCAGUCUGCAUUUGAAAGCCCAAGUUGAUCAGCUUACCGGAAGAAAUGAAGAAUUAAGACAGGAGCUCAGGGAAUCUCGGAAAGAGGCUAUAAAUUAUUCACAGCAGUUGGCAAAAGCUAAUUUAAAGAUAGACCAUCUUGAAAAAGAAACUAGUCUUUUACGACAAUCAGAAGGAUCAAAUGUUGUUUUUAAAGGAAUUGACUUACCUGAUGGGAUAGCACCAUCUAGUGCCAGUAUCAUUAAUUCUCAGAAUGAAUAUUUAAUACAUUUGUUACAGGAACUAGAAAAUAAAGAAAAAAAGUUAAAGAAUUUAGAAGAUUCUCUUGAAGAUUACAACAGAAAAUUUGCUGUAAUUCGUCAUCAACAAAGUUUGUUGUAUAAAGAAUACCUAAGUGAAAAGGAGACCUGGAAAACAGAAUCUAAAACAAUAAAAGAGGAAAAGAGAAAACUUGAGGAUCAAGUCCAACAAGAUGCUAUAAAAGUAAAAGAAUAUAAUAAUUUGCUCAAUGCUCUUCAGAUGGAUUCGGAUGAAAUGAAAAAAAUACUUGCAGAAAAUAGUAGGAAAAUUACUGUUUUGCAAGUGAAUGAAAAAUCACUUAUAAGGCAAUAUACAACCUUAGUAGAAUUGGAGCGACAACUUAGAAAAGAAAAUGAGAAACAAAAGAAUGAAUUGUUGUCAAUGGAGGCUGAAGUUUGUGAAAAAAUUGGGUGUUUGCAAAGAUUUAAGGAAAUGGCCAUUUUCAAGAUUGCAGCUCUCCAAAAAGUUGUAGAUAAUAGUGUUUCUUUGUCUGAACUAGAACUGGCUAAUAAACAAUACAAUGAACUGACUGCUAAGUACAGGGACAUCUUGCAAAAAGAUAAUAUGCUUGUUCAAAGAACAAGUAACUUGGAACACCUGGAGUGUGAAAACAUCUCCUUAAAAGAACAAGUGGAGUCUAUAAAUAAAGAACUGGAGAUUACCAAGGAAAAACUUCACACUAUUGAACAAGCCUGGGAACAGGAAACUAAAUUAGGUAAUGAAUCUAGCAUGGAUAAGGCAAAGAAAUCAAUAACCAACAGUGACAUUGUUUCCAUUUCAAAAAAAAUAACUAUGCUGGAAAUGAAGGAAUUAAAUGAAAGGCAGCGGGCUGAACAUUGUCAAAAAAUGUAUGAACACUUACGGACUUCGUUAAAGCAAAUGGAGGAACGUAAUUUUGAAUUGGAAACCAAAUUUGCUGAGCUUACCAAAAUCAAUUUGGAUGCACAGAAGGUGGAACAGAUGUUAAGAGAUGAAUUAGCUGAUAGUGUGAGCAAGGCAGUAAGUGAUGCUGAUAGGCAACGGAUUCUAGAAUUAGAGAAGAAUGAAAUGGAACUAAAAGUUGAAGUGUCAAAACUGAGAGAGAUUUCUGAUAUUGCCAGAAGACAAGUUGAAAUUUUGAAUGCACAACAACAAUCUAGGGAAAACGAAGUAGAGUCCCUCAGAAUGCAACUGCUAGACUAUCAGGCACAGUCUGAUGAAAAGGCGCUCAUUGCCAAGUUGCACCAACAUAAUGUCUCUCUUCAACUGAGUGAGGCUACUGCUCUUGGUAAGUUGGAGUCAAUUACAUCUAAACUGCAGAAGAUGGAGGCCUACAAUUUGCGCUUAGAGCAGAAACUUGAUGAAAAAGAACAGGCUCUCUAUUAUGCUCGUUUAGAGGGAAGAAACAGAGCAAAACAUCUGCGCCAAACAAUUCAGUCUCUACGACGACAGUUUAGUGGAGCUUUACCCUUGGCACAACAGGAAAAGUUCUCCAAAACAAUGAUUCAGCUACAAAAUGACAAACUUAAGAUAAUGCAAGAAAUGAAAAAUUCUCAACAAGAACAUAGAAAUAUGGAGAACAAAACACUGGAGAUGGAAUUAAAAUUAAAGGGCCUGGAAGAGUUAAUAAGCACUUUAAAGGAUACCAAAGGAGCCCAAAAGGUAAUCAACUGGCAUAUGAAAAUAGAAGAACUUCAUCUUCAAGAACUUAAACUAAAUCGGGAAUUAGUCAAGGAUAAAGAAGAAAUAAAAUAUUUGAAUAACAUAAUUUCUGAAUAUGAACGUACAAUCAGCAGUCUUGAAGAAGAAAUUGUGCAACAGAACAAGUUUCAUGAAGAAAGACAAAUGGCCUGGGAUCAAAGAGAAGUUGACCUGGAACGCCAACUAGACAUUUUUGACCGUCAGCAAAAUGAAAUACUAAAUGCGGCACAAAAGUUUGAAGAAGCUACAGGAUCAAUCCCUGACCCUAGUUUGCCCCUUCCAAAUCAACUUGAGAUCGCUCUAAGGAAAAUUAAGGAGAACAUUCGAAUAAUCCUAGAAACACGGGCAACUUGCAAAUCACUAGAAGAGAAACUAAAAGAGAAAGAAUCUGCUUUAAGGUUAGCAGAACAAAAUAUACUGUCAAGAGACAAAGUAAUCAAUGAACUGAGGCUUCGAUUGCCUGCCACUGCAGAAAGAGAAAAGCUCAUAGCUGAGCUAGGCAGAAAAGAGAUGGAACCAAAAUCUCACCACACAUUGAAAAUUGCUCAUCAAACCAUUGCAAACAUGCAAGCAAGGUUAAAUCAAAAAGAAGAAGUAUUAAAGAAGUACCAACGUCUUCUAGAAAAAGCCAGAGAGGAGCAAAGAGAAAUUGUGAAGAAACAUGAGGAAGACCUUCAUAUUCUUCAUCACAGAUUAGAACUACAGGCUGAUAGUUCACUAAAUAAAUUCAAACAAACGGCUUGGGAUUUAAUGAAACAGUCUCCCACUCCAGUUCCUACCAACAAGCAUUUUAUUCGUCUGGCUGAGAUGGAACAGACAGUAGCAGAACAAGAUGACUCUCUCUCCUCACUCUUGGUCAAACUAAAGAAAGUAUCACAAGAUUUGGAGAGACAAAGAGAAAUCACUGAAUUAAAAGUAAAAGAAUUUGAAAAUAUCAAAUUACGGCUUCAAGAAAACCAUGAAGAUGAAGUGAAAAAAGUAAAAGCGGAAGUAGAGGAUUUAAAGUAUCUUCUGGACCAGUCACAAAAGGAGUCACAGUGUUUAAAAUCUGAACUUCAGGCUCAAAAAGAAGCAAAUUCAAGAGCUCCAACAACUACAAUGAGAAAUCUAGUAGAACGGCUAAAGAGCCAAUUAGCCGUGAAGGAGAAACAACAGAAAGCACUUAGUCGGGCACUUUUAGAACUCCGGGCAGAAAUGACAGCAGCUGCUGAAGAACGUAUUAUUUCUGCAACUUCUCAAAAAGAGGCCCAUCUCAAUGUUCAACAAAUCGUUGAUCGACGUACUAGAGAGCUAAAGACACAAGUUGAAGAUUUAAAUGAAAAUCUUUUAAAUUUGAAAGAAGCACUUAAAACAAGUAAAAACAGAGAAAACUCACUAACUGAUAAUUUGAAUGACUUAAAUAAUGAACUGCAAAAGAAACAAAAAGCCUAUAAUAAAAUACUUAGAGAGAAAGAGGAAAUUGAUCAAGAGAAUGAUGAACUGAAAAGGCAAAUUAAAAGACUAACCAGUGGAUUACAGGGCAAACCCCUGACAGAUAAUAAACAAAGUCUAAUUGAAGAACUCCAAAGGAAAGUUAAAAAACUAGAGAACCAAUUAGAAGGAAAGGUGGAUGAAGUAGACCUAAAACCUAUGAAAGAAAAGAAUGCUAAAGAAGAAUUAAUUAGGUGGGAAGAAGGUAAAAAAUGGCAAGCCAAAAUAGAAGGAAUUCGAAACAAGUUAAAAGAGAAAGAGGGGGAAGUCUUUACUUUAACAAAGCAGUUGAAUACUUUGAAGGAUCUUUUUGCCAAAGCCGAUAAAGAGAAACUUACUUUGCAGAGGAAACUAAAAACAACUGGCAUGACUGUUGAUCAGGUUUUGGGAAUACGAGCUUUGGAGUCAGAAAAAGAAUUGGAAGAAUUAAAAAAGAGAAAUCUUGACUUAGAAAAUGAUAUAUUGUAUAUGAGGGCCCACCAAGCUCUUCCUCGAGAUUCUGUUGUAGAAGAUUUACAUUUACAAAAUAGAUACCUCCAAGAAAAACUUCAUGCUUUAGAAAAACAGUUUUCAAAGGAUACGUAUUCUAAGCCUUCAAUUUCAGGAAUAGGGUCAGAUGAUCAUUGUCAGAGAGAACAGGAGCUUCAGAAGGAAAACUUGAAGUUGUCAUCUGAAAAUAUUGAACUGAAAUUUCAGCUUGAACAAGCAAAUAAAGAUUUGCCAAGAUUAAAGAAUCAAGUCAGAGAUUUGAAGGAAAUGUGUGAAUUUCUUAAGAAAGAAAAAGCAGAAAUUCAGCGGAAACUUGGCCAUGUUAGAGGGUCUGGUAGAAGUGGAAAGACAAUCCCAGAACUGGAAAAAACCAUUGGUUUAAUGAAAAAAGUAGUUGAAAAAGUCCAGAGAGAAAAUGAACAGUUGAAAAAAGCAUCAGGAAUAUUGACUAGUGAAAAAAUGGCUAAUAUUGAGCAGGAAAAUGAAAAAUUGAAGGCUGAAUUAGAAAAACUUAAAGCUCAUCUUGGGCAUCAGUUGAGCAUGCACUAUGAAUCCAAGACCAAAGGCACAGAAAAAAUUAUUGCUGAAAAUGAAAGGCUUCGUAAAGAACUUAAAAAAGAAACUGAUGCUGCAGAGAAAUUACGGAUAGCAAAGAAUAAUUUAGAGAUAUUAAAUGAGAAGAUGACAGUUCAACUAGAAGAGACUGGUAAGAGAUUGCAGUUUGCAGAAAGCAGAGGUCCACAGCUUGAAGGUGCUGACAGUAAGAGCUGGAAAUCCAUUGUGGUUACAAGAAUGUAUGAAACCAAGUUAAAAGAAUUGGAAACUGAUAUUGCCAAAAAAAAUCAAAGCAUUACUGACCUUAAACAGCUUGUAAAAGAAGCAACAGAGAGAGAACAAAAAGUUAACAAAUACAAUGAAGACCUUGAACAACAGAUUAAGAUUCUUAAACAUGUUCCUGAAGGUGCUGAGACAGAGCAAGGCCUUAAACGGGAGCUUCAAGUUCUUAGAUUAGCUAAUCAUCAGCUGGAUAAAGAGAAAGCAGAAUUAAUCCAUCAGAUAGAAGCUAACAAGGACCAAAGUGGAGCUGAAAGCACCAUACCUGAUGCUGAUCAACUAAAGGAAAAAAUAAAAGAUCUAGAGACACAGCUCAAAAUGUCAGAUCUAGAAAAGCAGCAUUUGAAGGAGGAAAUAAAGAAGCUGAAAAAAGAACUGGAAAAUUUUGAUCCUUCAUUUUUUGAAGAAAUUGAAGAUCUUAAGUAUAAUUACAAGGAAGAAGUGAAGAAGAAUAUUCUCUUAGAAGAGAAGGUAAAAAAACUUUCAGAACAAUUGGGAGUUGAAUUAACUAGCCCUGUUGCUGCUUCUGAAGAGUUUGAAGAUGAAGAAAGUCCUGUUAAUUUCCCCAUUUACUAAAGGUCACCUAUAAACUUUGUUUCAUUUAACUAUUUAUUAACUUUAUAAGUUAAAAUAUACUUGGAAAUAAGCAGUUCUCUGAACUGUAGUAUUUCCUUCUCACUACCUUGUACCUUUAUACUUAGAUUGGAAUUCUUAAUAAAUAAAAUUAUAUGAAAUUUUCAACUUAUUAUAAAAGUAUAUACUUGAAGACUUGUUACGGCCAUCAAAUAGGCAGUGAGCUAUGGUGAAUUUCUCUACAUUCAUAAUGCUUUAAGUUUUUUAAAGAAUAUGAGGGUAAAUUCAGCAAUUUUAAUAUUUAAAAUUGGAGUUUAUAUAUACUUAUUUAUACAUGUGUUAAGAUUCUCAAAUCCUAUGAUAUAUAUACAGAUGUAGACAUACACACAUAUAGGUUAUGAGGUUGAGCCGUAUGUUUUGUUAAAUAUCUAGCAAAAUUAAAUUGAGCUUAAACUAUUUAAUUUUGAAAAUGAGUGACAUCAUUAAAUUGUUGUCUUUAAAUUACCACUCAGUUAUAGUGGAGAGAAUCCAGCCUUUGUACAAGCUUAGGAGCUUACUAUUACUUAUGUUUUUAUGGCUAGAGAUUAAAAUUAAUUUGCUGGUUUUUAAUAAAAUUUUGAAUAGGUACUUGAAA